AUUUUCAACGUACUGUGAAAAGUUUAGUGCUGCCUCAGUCAGACCUAUCCCGGUAACGCGAGUAAUAAUCAAAAAUCGACCAAACAUGAACAGACUUAUCGUUCUUGGGCUCUUGGCCACUUCCGCGUUCGCCGUACCUACACCUGGAUCCAGUGGAAAUUUGGAUUGUCUGAACCAUGAAGAUAUGUUCUCGUGCAUCGCGGUAAAGAGCAUCAAUUUCUUGGGAAGAGCUGCAAGGUCCAGUGACAUCCAGCUCGUCGAUGGCGUGACGUUUGUGCGAGAUGUACCCAUUCACGAUCUUGUUUCAGUGGAGCGAGGCGGCAAGAUGUUGGAAACCGAAACGGAGCUAAUGGAUAACCUACCUCGGGAAGUGGUCGACAAGACUUUCAAGCUGGCUAGUAUGAUGUUCGAGUCUGUAGUGUCUUUCCUGAAGAGCCACAGUCUAAAGCUGAGCUUGCCCGAAGGAUCGAUCGCCCGUACCCUCGAAGAAGCACGAGCUAAGACCAAGAAAACGAUCAAUCCCCUGCUGGCUGCCGCUGGUGUGAAGAUCUUCGCUUUGAUCCCAAUCAUGUUGGGAGGACUUGCUUUGCUUGUGACGAAGGCCCUGUUUGUUGGUAAAAUUGCUCUGCUCCUCGCCGGUAUCAUUCUUUUCCAAAAGCUCUUUGGCAGUGGCAGUUCGACUGGUAACAUCUUCAGCAAGGGAGUCCAGCCAAUUGCUGCCUGGGCUUCGGCCCCAGCUUCUCAGAGUUGGUCGUCUGCUCCCUCAUCCUCUCAGUCUCAGGGUUAUUAUAGAAGUUUUGAUACCAAUGAUGCUCAGCAACUUGCCUACAGAGGACAAGCUCCUGAAGACGCUGAGUAAAAAUGUUAUAUCAAGGGUAAAAUCAACCACCGCUCGACUAUUUUCAUGU